UUUGCGUCUGUGGUCGCUGUCAUCCUUUCUACGAAUCAGACCAAAACCCGGCGAACUCUACCACCCGUAACAAAUAUGGGCUUCUUCACCGGCUUUGCCAGCGGCUUUGCCUUCACAACCUCAAUCCUCUUCAUCACCGUCCAAGUUCACCGCUCAACGCGCAUAGAACAGCGCAAAGCCAUCCGCGCCCAGGUCGACCAAAUCGACUGGCUGACCUCUUCCAUUGGCGCCUAUGACCGCCGCAAUCUACCAGCAGAUGUUCCACGGCGGCGCCGUGAAGAGAUAGAGGCCCAAAAUCCAUCAGUGCCAACCAUGAAGGAGAUCUUGAAACAGAAGUGGAACACGGAACUCGAGGUCUUAACGCGAAAGGCAUAUGAGACAAGAUGGGAGGACGUGAGAGACGCUGCUACUGAGGGUUGGAAGGCUGCUGCGCGUGUGAUUAAGCGGGAAUAAAUAUCGAGUCUUGGCCGAGAUAUGGGUCAAUUUGGUCUCGUUGAGCUAGGAGUAAGAUAUUGGGAUGCAGGAUCAUGUUUUCAUUUGUCUGAAUUUGAGCAUCGGAGUUUGGAUACCCUCAUUUGAUUAUUGUUAUAGUUUACAUGCAUUAGUAUGAUUAUGCCGA